AUGUCAACCUUAUCGUUGGCUAAAAAUCUGAAAGCAGUGGCAAGCUUGGCACCACGCCCGGUGGUCACCUGGGAUCGUGCGGAGCGCAUCCGACGUAAUCGCGAGAUCUGGGACAACAAGCAGUCCAUCGUGCACCGAUUGCCGCUGCAUUAUCAGAAGAGAUACUGGCAGUAUGUUCUGAGCGAGGCCGCACCGGUACACUAUCGUAAGCCGACCUCACGCUAUGAAUGGGAUCCAAAGCGACGCACAAUGAUCGAGACUGAGGAUUAUCCAAUAAUCGGUUUCCAUCCUCCGGAAGCCGACCGAGGUUUAUGGGGUGGUGAAACAGUCGUGAAGGGUUACGUUGAAUCGCGGCCAUUUACAAGAAAAAAGAUUUUGCCACGACACUGGAUACCACAUUUCUUUUUUCCUCGCUUGAAGAAUGUUGUUGUAUAUUCCGAGAUUUUAAAUAAGCACAUGAAGGUAGUGGUGACCGAACGCACAUGCCGCCUGAUUGAUAAGCACUUCGGCUUGGAUUCAUAUUUGCUGGAAACUCCCGAAAUUGAUAUUGCUUCCAGACUUGGAAACAGGCUGAAGCGUGAAAUAUUGUUGACGUUAGCAAAGGGUACGUAUUACCCCGACGACCAGGAAAGGCAUGAUUUUAUAAAACGAAAAUAUGCGAAGUUUGUGAUACCGGUAGAGGAAGCUGAAUGGAUUGGCUUGGAUCUGAACGAAGCUUGCAGGAAGCAGCAAGAAAUAGAAGAAAGUGUUAAGCCGGAACCGGAGAAGUAUAAAUUCGAAUUAGAACUGGUAAAACGCCUAGCGAGUGGUGAUGAGGAUCCAGAUAAAGAUGAAAUCGUUAAAGAACUGGAAUCAGAAUCAGUAGUUGCUGAAAAAGCGAAGAAACUGAUGAGCAGCGCCAAGAACUUAAUCAUAUUUUUCGUUAAAAGAAUGGAAGAGGAAGCUGAAACAGCUGGAGAGGCUUCGAAGUGUGAUGCAUGUAUAAACGAUAGUAGCGCGAUUGCUGAAGCAAUUUGUGGCGCAAAGGAACCGGAUCCACAGCCGGCAGGAACCGACUUAUCUGAGCAAAAACGUGUGUCAAAAAGGCAGGCUAGGAGGCUACGAAAGGAGGAAUUGAGGCUGUCAAAGAAAAGAGAGCGGCGAGUUCAGGAGAAGUUAAAAAAGAAAGCGAAACAUGCUGCCCAGCGUGAGGCUGGAUGCAUCCCAACCAAACGAGCUCGGAUCAGAGAAGUGUCCUUACUUCAGAUUUGUUUUAUUCCAAUAGGGUUUGAUCUUGCACUACUUGAAGCUGCAAAGAGAUAUUUGGCCGGGAAUGCUUCUGCGCUGAAAAUGCACAAGCAGCGAGUUGCCAUUGAUAUGUCAUUCGAGAAUUUGAUGCGCCCAAAAGAUAUUCGCCAUUUGUUUGUUCAAUUAGCACAUGCCUAUGCCGUGAAUCGACGAGCAAAAAACCCAUUACAGUUCAGUGUGGUCGGCUUUUCGGGACCUCAGAAUAAGCAGUUUUUUGACAACCCGAACAAUCAUCACUGGGAUGUGAUCUUCGAAGAGCGACCUUUGGAUGUCGUCUUCGAAAAGAGCGAAAUUGUUUAUCUGACAGCUGACUCUGAGAACUCACUGGAAACGCUGGACAGCUCAAAAGUGUAUGUAAUCGGUGGUUUACUCGAUCAUAACUCUCUAAAAGGGCACUGCUUAAAGUUAGCUACCGAAAAGGGAUAUGCCCACGCACGUUUACCAAUUGGCGAACAUAUCGCUCUACAAACCAGAAAGGUGUUGACAGUUAAUCAAGUUUUUGAAAUUCUGUUGCGGUACACGGAAAACCAGUCGUGGGUGAACUCGUUUCUUGAUGUUAUUCCGCGAAGGAAAGGAGUUAUUGAGAUUAGCAGCUGUUUGAAAAAUAAAAAUGAAACUGAAGAUGGCGAUGCCGACAAAAGAUCGGAAGAAAAUGAUGACCAGAAAUCUACAACCAAUGUUAAGGAGCCUCUAGAAAGCAGCUGUAGCGAAGAAAGCACUUUAAACGACGUAUGCUGA